AUUACAUUAGUUGCUGAUGUUAACGUUUGUCGAUAAAAGUUUGGCCACUCAGUCGAUCGAAUCUGCGAAAGUAGUGCCGCGACAAAUCCUAGCGCCGUAGUCAUAGAGACACCAUUUGGUCGCCAGUCAACAACAAACAGUGCGGCCGGUGCGGUCUGCUUGUUUGACAGCGGCAGCAGGAGCAGCGAGAGGGCGGCGCACGAUGGCCCAGCAAUCUGGGCCGGCCGCCUCGCCGCCGGCCAUCUUCCUACAGCAAACGGAAGGCGGUGGCGGCCAGGAGCUGCACGAGGUGGCGGCCGUCGUGGUGGACGCCGACCAGGUGGUCACCGUUGUGCCUCAGCAGCAACAAGUGGCCACGCAGACCGUGCUUGAGGAAACCUCCGUCGUGGACGCAGCGACCAUCCAGGAUACCGCUCCCCGCCAAGUCACCGCACAGGUCGUCGUCAGCAGCAACCCUCAAACAGUGUCUGUGGUGCCGGUGAGCUCGUCGCUGUCAUCGUCUCCUGUCUCUGGCUCUUCUUCGCCGCCGGCCGUGGAGCCCAGCGCCGCCCAGCAGUUCAUCGCAGUCACAGACUCGGAGCGGUCUUACGCCUCUCUGACCCCCGUUAACCCAUCUGUGUCUGGCGAACCUGGUAGCGUACAGGUGGUUACCGGCGACACAGUGGCUCACCCAACCUACGUGCAAUAUGUGGACGAGGCGCCGGAGGCCGCCACGAUUUACACCACUACCAACGGGCAGAUGGCAUACCCUGUAUACACCAUGGGUGAAACAACGGCGACAAUGUACACGCCUGCAGCUUCAGGGCAGUACUACAGCAAUCAAGGCACAGCCAACUAUGGACAGGACCAUACGCAGCUGUUGACGCAAACACCAAAUACCGCAACUUACAUCCUCCAGCAGGGUGUCGACGCCAGCGAGGCACACGCUUUGAUCUCCAACAGGGCCAGCCCUCCUACUGUUACUGCGCAGGAGGUGACAGGUUACAUGGUGCCUGCCGAGGCCAAUAACAGCAGUGGCGGCGAGGCCCUUGACGAAGGGGGCUCGGACUCGGGCGGCCACAAUUCGCUCAGCCACGCCACCCGCAUAUCCCCGGCCACCGUCCAGUGGCUGGUUGACAAUUAUGAAACGGCCGAUGGAGUCAGUCUGCCCAGGUCUAACCUGUACCACCACUAUUUGCGCCACUGCACCGAUAACAAGCUCGACCCGGUCAAUGCUGCCUCUUUUGGUAAACUCAUCCGCUCUGUUUUCAUUGGCCUACGCACCAGACGUCUUGGAACCAGGGGCAACUCCAAGUACCAUUACUACGGCAUCAGGGUAAAGCCCACAAGUUCUCUUGCACAAAGUUCUGAGCAAGAGGAAGCAUCUUCGGUGUCUCCUUGCGGGGGUCGCCAGGGUAGCCUCACUGGGUCGGGCGGAGGAAAGCGGUUCAAGGCCACUAUCAAGGUGAACGACUUUGACGGGCAGGCGGGAGGCCAGGUGGCGGCCACGGCGUCUCCCCAGGUGGCGCAACACCAGCAGUACCUGGGUGAGGCCACCGCUGCGGUGCCAGAGCUGCCCAACAUAGAGGUGGGAGGCUGCCCUUUGCCCGACCAGUGUACCCUGGAGGACGUCGACUCCUUCAGGAGCAUGUACCGCGAGCAUUGCGAGGCAUUCUUGGACGCGGUUACCAACCUUGAAUUCAACACCGUCGAAAGCCUCUGGCGGGACUUCUGGCGCAGCUCUGAUAACAACAAUGAUGAGUGCGAGGAGGAAAAGUACCUGGCCAAGUUGAAGCUAUACGCUUUGUGCGAGAGCGAGGUCGUACAGGCGUUUGUCAAGAAGGUUGACUUUGACUUCUACCAGAAUCUAGUUGAGGUGCUCAUUCCAGACGUCCUCAGACCAAUUCCAAGUUCCUUGACGCAAGCUAUAAGAAACUUCGCCAAAGGCCUCGAAGGGUGGCUUACUAGCGCCAUGACUGGCUGUCCUGAGAAGAUGAUGAACAUAAAACUUUGCGCUGUAAGCGCGUUUGCACAAACUCUUCGCAGAUACACUUCACUUAACCACCUGGCGCAAGCGGCUCGUGCAGUGCUGCAGAACUCAACGCAGAUCAACCAAAUGCUUGCUGAUCUCAACAGGGUCGACUUCCAUAACGUUCAGGAGCAGGCGUCGUGGGUGUGCCAGUGCGAGCCAGAGAUGGUGCAGCAACUGGAGGCUGACUUCAAAGAGACGCUGCAGCAGCAGAACUCACUGGAGCAGUGGGCCAGUUGGCUGAAGAAGGUGGUGGCCACCGUGCUGCAGCCGCACGAGGGCAAGCCCGACUUUGGCAGGGCGGCGCGCCAGUUCCUGCUCAAGUGGUCCUUCUACAGCUCUAUGGUCAUCAGAGAUCUGACCUUACGCAGUGCCGCUUCCUUUGGCUCCUUCCAUCUCAUCCGCCUCCUCUACGAUGAAUACAUGUUCUACCUGAUAGAACACCAGGUUGCCCAGGCCACCGGAGAGACGCCCAUUGCUGUCAUCGGCGAGCGCAACUCUUUGGAGGACGAUGGGCCCGAUCGGAAACGUGUCCGGCUGAUGAGUUAAAGACAUGAAAACGGAAAGCACAUUCCCUAUCUUGAUUGUUAAUGUUCUGAUUGUUGCUGUGAGCUCAAACACGAACACACUCAUAAACUCACUGGUACACAAAACACACUUGUAAUCACACACUGGAAACUGUGUAGGUGUUAUUUUUGUAUGCAGAAAAGAAUUAAAAAAAAUGAAGAUGAAUCAGCAGCAGCUAGUCGCAGCCGACUGCUGAAGCCGUUGGUUUUUUGUAAAGUUUUUGUAAGCUGCUCUUUCUCUUGAUCUUUCUGGUGUCUUUGGCCCGCCGCCGUUACUGUGCCAUUCGUGUUUAAGCGGCCUUCCUCCGCUCCUGAGAGGGGGCUCUGUGUGGGCUCGCCAACUAAUUUGAUGUUUUCCUGCGUGUAAAAGUCAGUCAAAUGGAUUGCUUGCUUAAAAACUGAUUGGGUUGGUUGGUGGUGCAUUACUGUUGGUGUACAUAUUAUUUUGUUUGCCAUUCUAGUCACUCUUCACUCACAUCAUGUGUUCAUCUUUGUCUCAUCAGGGGGUCUCAUUCUGUGCGAAAUCGAUACUUUCGCAGAUUGCGACCUCGCAGAUCAGCACUCAUGCAGGGCGCGUGCUAAGCACAAACUAGACAUGUAACCAAAAAAUAAGGGAAAAUGCUUUCUUCGCCAUUGAAUUACUGUGUUUGAUUGUUUGCUAACUUCACCGACACACAUAGAACACACGCUAUCUGCUCUCACCAAAAAGAUUUGAACUUAUUUUUAGUUUGGUAAUAAAUUAUUCGCAUCAAAGACGA